ACCCGGCAUUCACUAUAUCUGGUCUCCCCGGACCCUGCAUUCACUAUAUCCGGUCUCCCCGGACCCUGCAUUCACUAUAUCCGGUCUCCCCGGACCCUGCAUUCACUAUAUCCGGUCUCCCCGGACCCUGCAUUCACUAUAUCCGGUCUCCCCGGACCCUGCAUUCACUAUAUCCGGUUCCCCGGACCCUGCAUUCACUAUAUCCGGUCUCCCCGGACCCUGCAUUCACUAUAUCCGGUCUCCCCGGACCCUGCAUUCACUAUAUCCGGUCUCCCCGGACCCUGCAUUCACUAUAUCCGGUCUCCCCGGACCCUGCAUUCACUAUAUCCGGUCUCCCCGGACCCUGCAUUCACUAUAUCCGGUCUCCCCGGACCCUGCAUUCACUAUAUCCGGUCUCCCCGGACCCUGCAUUCACUAUAUCCGGUCUCCCCGGACCCUGCAUUCACUAUAUCCGGUCUCCCCGGACCCUGCAUUCACUAUAUCCGGUCUCCCCGGACCCUGCAUUCACUAUAUCCGGUCUCCCCGGACCCUGCAUUCACUAUAUCCGGUCUCCCCGGACCCUGCAUUCACUAUAUCCGGUCUGCCACAGUACACAGAACAUGGAAGUGCAAUUAUUUUAGUAAAUAUAUAAAAUGCUAAAUACCUUUUCUCAUCAGUAGUUAGAGCAGUCUUGUGACUUCUAUCAGUGUCCAGCAGGGCACAUGUUAAAGCUUGUAGGAGGAAGUUUCAUUUUUCUCUAGGAGGAUGCAGAUCCCUUGACCUCUAUUGGACACUUCUGAGUGCUGAUCACAUGCACUCUCCCAAGAGAAAAAAAAAAGACCUCUCUAGCAAUACACAUCAAACUGAGCAUGUGCAGAGUGACUCCACACGAUAUGUCUUAUCAGGAGAUAAGAGGGGGCUACUGGAAGAAGGGGAUAAUCAGAAAAGACAGGAUCAAACAGUUUUUUACACAAUGUGAAGAAUUAA